AUCGCCGUUAAAGCAACUCCAGCCUUACAUGUCAAGCCUCAGAAAGUGCUCCCUUCUCAUCGACUUUCCUGUUGCUCACAAACUCCCGCCGGAGGAAUCCCCCUGCAAGUAUCCGAUUAGACCGCCACCCUCACGAUUUUCAGUCGCUCCAAAGAGCCUAAGGUGCUCUUCAUUGAACUAUAAUCUACCUUUGCAAGAAAUAUGCGAUCCUUUACCUCAGGCAGGGCAGUCCGCAAGGCUUUGAAAUGGGUUAAGAGGACUACCCAAGAUGUUCAAUGGGUGGAACGUCAAGUCGAAUCCUCGGUUGACCACGUGCCUGCAUUGGCAAAAGCGGCCGUUAAGGCACGUGUAGAAGGGGACCCUCACGAAACUCCAAAAAAAGAUGGCAGUGUUGACCCUUGGCACGCUUCGGGCAUUAUCGAGACCGCUAGCGGAACCCGGCUUACUUCAUAUCACGCAUAUCCAAGCGGACUUGUCGUCUUUUCGAAGAAAAAGUACGGCCAGGUCCAGCUCCCAGACGACGGUGGUGAAUCUUCCAGUUCUUCUGCUGCUCAGGGCGCUACCACUACCGACCUCACAUGGAGGACAAAUGAGCAGACCGGGUAUGCAGAAUGGUGGGAUAGCGCGAAAUGGGUUCAAGGAGAUUGGUCUGAUGAGCAGCAAAAGUGGUAUGCUUAUUACAAUGGCCAAUGGUGCUAUUGGUAAAAUCGUCUAUGGGAUUUGAGAAAAUUUGG